AUGCGCUUAACAUUUAAAUUUCUUACUAAACAGUUAAAUAUAAUUGGCUUAGCCAAUGGCUACGGUGGUAGACAUUUAGGUUGUGAAGAGGCUGUAAAAGUUUUAAAAAAUUCAUCUAUUUUUAAAGAGUGUAAAGUUCCCUAUAAAUGGAAUAGUAUUAUUGAAGAAACAGUUACUGGAAGAAGUGUUAAUGCUUUAGAGGGAAUUAUUAAAAAUAGUGAACAAUUAUGUAAUGAAACAUCUAAAUUAAUUAAAGAAAAUGAAGAAUUAUUGGUUAUUGGUGGAGAUCAUUCUUCAGCUAUUGGUACUUGGAGUGGUGUAGCAACAGCAUUACGACCUAAAGGAGAUAUAGGAUUGUUGUGGGUUGAUGCUCAUAUGGAUAGUCAUACAUUUGAAACAUCUUUUACUGGAAAUAUUCAUGGUAUGCCAGUUGCACAUUUAUUAGGUUUUGGUCAUGAUAAAUUAACUAGAAUUGGUGAUAACUUUCCUAAAAUUAAACCAUCAAACUUAGCUCUUAUUGGUAUUAGAAGUUAUGAACCCGCAGAGGAAAAAUUAUUAACAUCAUUAGGCGUAAAAAUAUUUUAUAUGAAAGAUAUUCAUAAAUAUGGUCUUGAUAAAUGUAUGGAAAAUGCUAUUGAAAAAGUUAGUAAAAAUACUAUAGGAUAUGGUAUGAGUAUAGAUAUAGAUAGUUUCCGUGUUGAAGAUGCUCCAGCUGUAGGGACACCAGAAGAUGAUGGUAUUGUUGCUGUAGAAUUUAUGAAUUUUAUAAAAAAUGCUAAUUUAGAUAAAUUAUUAGUAACAGAGAUAGUUGAAUUCAUGCCAAAAAAAGAUGAUAAAAAUAAAAAAAGUGAAAAAUUAAUGAAAAAAUUGGUAGAAUCAGUAUAUGAAAGAAGAUUUAGAAAAAAUAUACCUUUAUCAUAUAACAUACUUUAA